AUGAUUAAUAAAUUUAUCAGCUUUAGCAAUCAAACUAGCUUCAAAAGUUUAUCUAGAUUGGUUUAAAUACCUUUUUCUUCUUCUCAUAGCCAUCAUAAUUCGCAUCAUCAUAACCAUCAUCAAUUCACAAUUUUUGAUAAAAUUAUUAAAAAAGAAAUUCCUGCUUAAAUCGUUUAUGAAGAUGACAAAUGUCUUGCAUUUAAAGAUGUUUCACCAUAAGCUCCUGUUCAUAUCCUUUUGAUUCCUAAGGUAAAAGACGGGCUUACAUAACUUUAGAAGGCUGAAGAGCGUCACAAGGAUAUUUUAGGACAUCUGAUGCUAAAAGUAGCUGAAAUAGCUUAAUAAAAUAAUCUUUAGGAAGGUUAUAGAGUAGUGAUUAAUGAUGGAAAACUAGGAUGUUAGUCUGUAUACCAUUUACACUUACAUAUUCUAGGUGGUACUUAAAUGGGAUGGCCACCUGGUGUUUUAGGAAAAUCAGAAACCAUAAAACCAGGCAGUUAAUGA